AUGGAGACAUGGCCAGAGAAUCCCUCAAGUCCGCCUCGAAACGAAUUCAAUCAGCUCGGCCACAACUACGGGGGUCCACGACGGCAGCAGAGUGUUCGAUUCGUGAAGCAAGAGUCCCGAACUAAGCGCCUGCAAAGCCAAAUCAACGAUGACUCUUCUGAUUUGGGGACUAUUCGGCACCGGGGUGUCCUCACAGAUGUUGUCAACCAGCCUGCUAGUCGAAUCUCUCACCCUGUCGAGCGGCCAUUUGUGAGCACUUAUACGACCAACUACAUCAAUUCCUUACCCCCGAGCGAAUCAUUCGUGUCUCCAGAUGAGUGUGCACCUGCUCCAGCAUCUUACAGAAGACUUCGCAAGUCGCGCUCGAUGUUUUCCCCUCUAAAUCCGACAGGUCUGCGCCGACCAAGUAAGACAUAUCUCAGCGAAUCUCCGGAGCAGGAGAAUGUGCAGCCUGCGUUGCGACGACAGUCAAUGCAAGAUAUUAAGGACAGCAAACCACCGCCAAAGAAGACGCUUGGGCUAAGAAACCCGAAGUCAAUGAGCUUUCUCAAGAUUCGGAGUGCUCUGGAGUCUGACAGAAUUGGCAGCCGCCAACAGAUCGAUUUGGCAGUCCAAGAAGCUGAAGACAGUUUCCGCAAAGACAUUGAAGAGCAACGGCAUUUGAAUCCGCGACCCUCGACGAUUUUCAUGAAAGCGAAGAAGGGCCAGGCGUCUUUGAGUUUACGCCGAUCCAUGAGAGACUUCAGCGCCGAUGUUCGAUCUGUUGGUGUAGAAGAUAGCUUGGCUGUCAACAAGGACGCCUCUCUUCGAAAGAAGGCUCGAAAAGUUUCAAGCAGUCUCAAAACCAAGCUGAAAGAAAUGUUCCGACGAAACAAGAAGGAUGAUUUGGUUGUGACAGCAAGAAAAUCUCAGCUAGAGGCUUCGAAUGCGGUCCAUGGUUUUAUCGGCGACGAGAACGAACAGGAUGAUGCUUACAUGGACAUUACGGAUCCCGUGUUGCUGGACGAGUGUUCAAUUUCGCAAGUACUUUCGCGAGUUCCGUCUCUUCACGAUGCCACCUCAAAACAAAAACUUCGCUCGCGUCAAGGAAGCAUAGAGAGCAUUGGGAGUGAACGAAAGGCAUCGGAUGAGAAGUCUCGCGUUACCAGUUGGACGAGCUCAGGUACCCAUACACUCAACAGUCAAAGUACUUGGGGUGGGGAGCGGGAACGGCAGCGACUGUCUAUCAUCAAAGAACUUGGACCACACAAGUCCUCGUCUUCUUUCCAGCGACCGAGUCUGGCGGAUCGAAACCCAUUUGAGACCGAAACACAAUCUACGCCCCAGGAUGGACUGGCCCGCUCUGGUCCCUCCGUUGAUAGCGCAAGAGUCUACUCCGCCCUCAUGAAGCGAUUGAACGAAUGUAAGCAAAAGGGUCAACGAGAAGAGCAGCUACGGCAUAGCAGCGUUGGGAGUACCGGCCUUAAGGGAUACGGCACAAUAGAUUUGUCAAACUCCAUCGGCGGCCAGGAGCUUGGCGAAGCUCGCCAUCAAGACCCUCAAACCAUAAGAUGUGUCUUGCAAGAGGACGACGUUUUUCGUGACAGUCUGUGGGAACAAACAUUGCAAACAGUGAUCGAAACCGAGGCCCCUCAGUCGGGUCGUGACGAAGCAACAUCCUCAUCUGAUGGUACAAUGCACCAUCGCCAGCACUCGGCUUCUGAGACCACCAUUGAAUCUUACAAGCCUCGUCAAAGACCUACGGCCGAGGAUAGACAGGAACACUCGCCCCCAAAGCCGUACAAAUUGCACGGCGACAACGCCGCGAGUCCCCCAAGAGCCUUGUCCACUCGCAGUUCUGCAUUCUUUGGCAGCCCGACUUGCCAUCUUUUCCGCACAACAAGUCCGUACCGCAAGGUCCUACAAGAAAAGGUCAAAUCAGAGUCGGAAGCUCCAGCUGCAGCUCAGUUAUUUUCCCCAUCGGUUUCGAUUCUGAACCUGGACAUUAUCCCCACAAGGCGUCGCCCGAGUCUAUCUAAGGAAGACCCCCGACUUGCGUACUCUGAAAGUAUUUACUCUGACGACAUCCUCUCUCCACGUACAAUACCAAAGGGCUUGGGAGAACAAACAGAACCAAUAGUGCCACCUCGACACCCCAACCAUAAAGCAGCCGAUCCUGAUCAUCAGCAGACACCCUCUACGUCCGACAACUCCGAGGCUGUUGCGAAGGAGAACAGCUCUGACACUACUCCUCUGGCGGAUGGUCGAACAGUCUCAAACGCAAGUUCUGUAGAGUGGAAGACUUGGCUCUCUGCAAAUGCGGCGAAUACCGACGCCAAGUUAACCAAUACCGGACUAACCCAACACUUGACGGAAGUUCGUUACGCCAAGCCAAGUAUGCCCAAAAGCUUGGGUCAUGUGCGUGAGCGCGCCGAAAUUGAAGACUCUGAGUCUCCGGCAUUAUACGUGGCGACGGGCCUAGGAAAGACGAAAUUCCAAACGCCACUUAGAGUGACGAGCCACAAUCCGCGUCAAGUAUCGUCCGCCAGUCGCAUAGAGCUUGGCAUAGACGAUUCAAAGUUCUCAACGCCUUUUAGAGACGAGAACACGAUCCCUAAGACGGACGGACGCGUGACUAGACGUCUUCGUGGUAUCUACAAUCCUCCACCAAUUCCACCCAGAAGCUCUUUGAGAGCGACUCCUUCGAUGCCGCUCAUGCAACCGCGUCUUUCUCAUAGCAACUUACCUGUCAUGUCGGUCGACAGGAAGGCUUCCAAGGUGCGCAGCUUGGACGUCUUAUCAAAGGCCCAAGAUCUGGUGGCCCCUCUCCCAUCCAGGACACGAUCUCCAGUCAAAUUAGUCAGACGAACUGGGUUACAGAAAGGGUUCCAAUCGUCUGCUUCCAGUCCGGGGCUUACAACGGCCGUCGAGAAACAUUCCGGCCCCAUGUUAGCCAGCCAACAAUUUAAUCGCGGGUCUCCCAGGGAGAGGCGAGGAUCAGUUCGUCGAUUACUGGACAGCGACUCACGCGACGACGAGAGGUCCGAUACCACAAGCCUUGACGACUGGAAGGCCGAAGCAGCUGGCAGCCAUCACAUGGUGGAGAACUUUCUAAGCAGCAGGCGGCGGCCAUCAGUUCACGGGGCAUUCUUGUGA